AUGACAUCUUCGUUCGAUCCAUCGCUCUCAACGAGUGGCAUGCGCCCUCCUCUGGCGUCGGCAGAUGCGCCAUCCAUGGCGGACUCCUUACCUAGCAUCAACUUUGGGUUUGAAGACUUGCGCAAUCGCAUGGCACAAUUUACUGUAAAAUUCGAUGCAUUCAUUGAACGGGGGCGCAAACAGGUCCUCGAGGAGAGAAACCAGUUUCAUAUCAAUCUUGCUGAGUUACAAGAGGACGAACGGAUGCGGCAACGUGACAUUGAGAUUUUGAAUCUCAAAUCCCAAACCCACGAACAAACUCUUCAGAAAGAGGCGGCUGAGGCGGCUGAAAUGCACACGGCUAUUUCCACGAUCACCAUGGAACGCGACGCUCGUCUCAUCAAGCGAGACCGUCUCAAACAGCAAAUUGCGGAAACCCGAAAGGCAAUCAACCAACGACUAGAGGCACAGAAAAAUCACGCAAAACACCUGGACGCGCAAUCUCGGCUCAACAACCCGGAAUUGGAGUUUUGGCAGGAUUACCUCUGUUUACGAAUUGAGGGAGCAGGCCGAGAGGACCGGUUGAAAUUUGUUUACAGCCAUGUAGUAGAGAAGGACUGGGAAGCGGAGGCAUGGUUUGAAUUGGGAACAGCCAGUCGUGAUUACGAAGUCUUUCACACCCGACCCAAGGUGAACCGUGAAGCUCUGGAGCGCGAGGUUGAUCUUGUUAAUGAGGACCGAGACUUUGGCGCAUUCCUCAAACGAAUGCGCAAGUUAUUCGUGGAGACUAUGAACUAA